GUAGUUCAAUGGAUUUAACUGUACCAACUUUUCUCGCAAUCAGAUAAUAGUGAUUUCUGUUCACUUGGUCAGUAGUGGGGGGAACUGAUUGUAAACGAAAAAAACAAAGUGCAAUCACUUCAUAAAUCACUUGAAACGAAUACAGCUAAUGUGUGCGUCGUUGUAAGUUGUGUAUACAGAGUAGAACUUCUCACUACGAAGUUUUCAAUGCUUCAAAAUUUAAGAGCAACAAUAUAAAACAAAGAGAAGAAGAGUCGGAGAUCGAUACAUGCGUCGUGUCGUGCCGAUGUGUUUACAUUUCCAUAUUCGGAAGUUGUAACGUCUUCUAGACAUGGGUUUCAUACGAAAAAUGCAAACUAGGAAAGCCUUAUUAUUCUUUAUCCUCCUUCUGUUCAGUUUUGUAGUUCUAAUUAAGCUCAAAUCAAUUGCCCUCGCAGAUGAUUACGAUCGGAGACUAAAACUAGAGAAGAUAGACGAAGUUAUCAAAGAAAGGGCGAGUUACGAGUCAUGUAAGCAACCGAAUCUUCCGGUUAAUGCACCCGAAAUGAUGAAGUUUGUCAAAUAUGUUCCACCUAUUAAUUGCAGUGCUGCUGGAAUCGAUUGGGUUGUAUGUGAAAAUUCCGAAUGUCGAAUUCAAGAAAAGGCAAAAGCGAUAUACGGCCCGAUCACAUGCUCGUUCACAGAUCUGAUCCGAAAGGAUGACUUUUACUCGGCCCCUGGCGACGUAACGAAUACAGACGCCUAUUAUAAAUUAGUAAAGAGUGACGUGGUGAAAGUGCUUUGUAAAAAUAAGGAAGGCAAAAUGUGGUCGUCAACUUUGACUGGUAUAAGGGUCGAUAAGGAUGUGACGGAGAGAACGGGUUGGCACUUUGUGCCGAGCGAUUCUUUGAAAUUGAAUGUUUUAAUGCUCGGAUUCGACUCGCUGUCACGAAAUACAUUUAUUCGUAAAUUGCCGAAAAGUUACAGGUAUUUUGUGGAAGUCCUGAAAGGAGACGUGCUGAAAGGCUAUAAUAUUGUCGGAGAUGGUACUCCUCAAGCGCUUAUUCCAAUUCUUACUGGUAAAACAGAAUUGGAGUUGCCAGACACUCGUAAAAGAAUUUCCAAUUCCACUACUGUCGACGUAUACCCAUUUGUAUGGAAUGACUUUAGAAAGAAUGGGUAUGUUACGGGUUUCCUUGAGGAUGUUCCAGAUCUGGGUACUUUCACAUACCGCCUAAGAGGCUUCAAGGAUCCACCUACCGACCACUACAUGAGGCCAUACUACGUUGCUGCUCACCGUGAGUGGUCUCACAGUCCUAAAUUAUGCGCGGGUGCCGUUCCGCGACAUAUGGUUAUGAUGAACCAAAUUAAAAAUUUUUUUAGUGUGUACAAGUACAAGCCAAAGUUUAUAUUCGGAUUUCACGGAGAGCUCUCUCAUGAUUCGUAUAAUUUGAUAGGAGCGGCAGAUGAUGAUUUACUUCAAUUUUUGAAAGAUCUGAACGCCAACAGAAUGUUAGAGAACACUUUACUUAUACUAAUGGCCGAUCAUGGUCACAGGUUUGCCAACAUUCGUGACACGAUCCAAGGGAAACUAGAAGAACGGCUACCUUUCUUUUCAUUCACAUUUCCUCAGUCAUUCAAAACUCAACAUCGACAGGCAUACAGCAACUUUUUGAGUAACGUAAAUCAAUUGACAACGCCGUUCGAUAUCUACUCAACGUUACUGAGUGUAAUUCACCUUGGUUCUACAGAUGUAGCGGACCUCAAGCACAGAUCCAUCUCAUUGUUUAGCAAGAUUCCGCCUGAACGUGGUUGUGCGCACGCGUACAUUGAACCGCAUUGGUGCGCGUGCCUGGAAUGGAAUCAAGUGGACGUCACGAAUCCCAUAGUUGGGGAGUUAGGAGAUACGUUGGUGAACACGAUUAAUAACUACACCAGCGGACAGCGCCACUUAUGCGCAGUGCUGUCACUUUCAAAAAUAAUCUGGGCUACAAAAAUGAGUCCUAACAAAAAUCUUUUGAAAUUCAAAAAGAACGCAGACAUAGACGGUUUUGUACCCGAUUUAACUUCGAACAUGAAGGUCCACAAGGAUUUAUACCAAAUCAAGGCAAUGUUAGUGCCCGGAGAGUCUCUCUUUGAAGCAAGUAUUACGCAUGACAUUAAAUCGAAUAAAUUCACUCUGAGCUUGAGUGACGUUAGUAGGAUUAAUAUGUACGGUAGGCAAGAUGGAUGCAUUGAAAAUGAAUUUCCCAACUUAAGAAAAUAUUGUUAUUGUAAAGACUGAUAAAUUUUAAGUAGGUUUAACAGAAACGAAAACCAAAGCUGCAAAGGUUAUACUAGACAAAACGCAUAAUGAGGCACAUUCCACUAUUCUUUAUUAGAAAAUAAAUAUUACACUUUACGGUGCAA